GAAGGAACCAAAAAAAAUAAAAAUAAAAAAAAAUAAAAAAAAAAAUAAAAAUUGAAAAAGAUAAUUCCUCGUAGAUACUAGGUGGCAAGUUAACAGACCUUCCUCUCCAGUCUAGAUGGACCUCUUAGCGCUUUCUCCUUCAUCUGUUGCUGGGAAUGCAUUGUUUUGCGUCCGGAAGCAUUUAUGCCAAUGGAGGAAUUAUACUAGAGGUAACUUGGAUGCAAAUUUUCUGAGCAACAAAAAUUUCCAGAAGGGUUCAAGAAAAGGAAGGGGAUGUUUCUCAAAGAAAAGGGAUGCUUCUAUUUCUUGUUCAAAUGGUACAGGGCAGGACCUUUAUGUACCUGCAAAUGACAAACUAAUUGGAGCACGUGUUAUUUAUGCUGUGGCUCCUGCAAUGGGACAUAACCAGGAAUCCCAUCCGGAAUCUCAUCUUAGAGUUCCUUCGAUUUUAAAUGCUCUUCAGAAGAUGGAGCUAACCCCGGAGUUCCGUGGUUCAGAGAUUAUCGAACUUCAGAACUUCAAGCCUGCUUCAGUAGAUGACAUUGCAAGUAUUCAUUCAAGAACUUAUGUGUCUGGCCUUGAGAAGGCUAUGGAUGAGGCGUCGCAGCAGGACAUUAUUUACAUUGAAGGCACUGGUCCAACAUAUGCUACUGCAAGUACAUUUCAGGAGUCACUGAUUGCAGCCGGAGCAGGAAUUUCCUUGGUUGAUUCAGUGGUUGCAGCAUCAAAGAAAAGCCAGGAUCAACCUAUUGGUUUUGCUUUGAUAAGACCACCUGGGCAUCAUGCUAUUCCUAAGGGGCCUAUGGGGUUUUGUGUUUUUGGAAAUGUGGCCAUUGCAGCCCGUUAUGCACAACGAGUACAUGGCUUGAAACGUGUUUUUAUCAUUGAUUUUGACGUUCACCAUGGGAAUGGGACAAAUGAUGCUUUCUAUGAGGAUCCUGAUAUAUUUUUUCUUUCAACUCACCAAGAUGGAAGCUACCCAGGUACUGGUAAGUUUGACGAGGUAGGUCAAGGAGAUGGGGAAGGAACAACUCUUAAUCUUCCUCUACCAGGAGGCUCUGGUGAUAUUGCCAUGAGAACCGUGUUUGAUGAAGUUAUUGUCCCAUGUGCUCAAAGGUUUAAGCCGGAUAUUAUUCUUGUCUCUGCUGGGUAUGACGCUCAUGUAUUGGAUCCACUAGCGAGUUUGCAAUUUACAACGGGCACAUACUACAUGCUUGCAUCUAACAUUCAACAACUUGCCAAAGAUCUAUGUGGUGGUCGCUGUGUGUUUUUCUUGGAAGGAGGCUACAACCUUGAUUCUCUUUCAUACUCAAUAGCAGAUUCGUUCCGUGCUUUUCUUGGAGAGCCAAGCUUGGCAUCUCAGUUUGACAACCCUGCUAUAUUGUAUGAAGAACCGGUAAAGAGACUUGAGCAAGCUAUCAAGAGAGUAAAACAUAUACAUUCAUUGUAAAGAUGUAAUAUAGAUUUACAUGAUUUAUGUGAACAUCUAAAAUUGUUUGAGUUCAAACUAUAAUAGCAUUUUUUUUCAUAUGUACAUAUCCACAGUAAUUAUAAAGUUUACAAUGUAUUUUAUCUUGUA